CAAACCACAUAGAAAGACCAUUCUCGAAUCAUCCGCCAAACUAAAGAUAAUUUUCAACCAUGACAGGAUCCCAAGAAGAGACUCACAAGCCUCAAAUCGUUGAUCAAGACCAUCCCAAACCACUACAAACAGAAGACCCACAACAUCAACAGCCUUCUUCUUCUUCGUCGUCUCCGGAUCAGAAGAAAUGGGGAACUCACGUGAUGGGAGCUCCAGCAGCUCCAGUGGCUCAUCCCGAUAACCAGCAGGCUGCAGCUUGGGUCGCUGGUGAUAACCGGCAGAUGCCGUACCAACCUUACAUCGUUUACUCUCCUGUUGAACAUCCUCCUUCUAAUAACCCUAUCGAGCCCGUCAUCGGAAUGUUCCAUACUUGGAGCAGGAAGGCUGAAACCGUAGCUCGUAACAUCUGGCACAAUCUGAAGACGGGACCGUCUAUGCAGGAAACGGCGUGGGGGAAGGUUAACCUAACGGCGAAAGCGAUAACAAAGGGAGGUUUCGAGUCUCUCUUCAGACAGAUAUUUGGAACGGAUCCGUACGAGAAGUUGAAGAAGACUUUUGCAUGUUAUCUCUCCACGACGACAGGACCUGUCGCUGGAACUCUUUAUCUUUCGAAUGUUCGCGUUGCUUUCUGUAGUGACCGUCCUCUCUUCUUUACAGCCCCUUCCGGACAAGAAGCUUGGAGUUACUACAGGGUUGUGGUACCGUUGGUGAAUGUUGCGACGGUUAAUCCGGUGGUGGUGAAGGAGGAUCCACCGGAGAAAUAUAUUCAAGUGACGACGGUGGAUGGACAUGACUUCUGGUUCAUGGGUUUUGUGAAUUACGAGAAGGCUUCUCAUCAUCUGCUGACUAGUGUCUCGGAUUAUCAUACCGCUCUUAGCUCUGCGUCUGGUUAGAGAAGUAUAUAUGUUUGUGUAUUCUUAAAUUUCUUUUUGCUUUUUUGUAUGUGUGUGGUUGGACUAUGCUGCCGGUUAUUUUUCUAUAUGUUCAUGUAGAUUUUAUCAAAGGCCGACUUUUUAUAAAAUCAGUUUUAAAAUUUACUUUUGAAAACUUUCAUUUCUGAAUCUUUUUAAAAAAUAUCAUGAAUCCUUCCGAAAAAUAUUUUGAAUCUUUUAAAAAUCAAUUCAGAACUUUUCAACAAUGUUUAUAAUCCGUUCAUAAAAUAUUU